AUUCAAAAUCACAGUUCAGGGGUUAGAGGGAAUAAACAGUUAUACAAAAAAUGGGUUUCAAAGUUGUUUGUGCUUUAGUUUCGGCGAUUAUGAUACAGACAAUCUUCGGCCAAUGCCUCCGAGCCCCAUACCCAGCAAUCUACCCAAACGAAAUCGCUGCAGCCAAUUUAGCAGCUGAAGCAUUACCAUUGGCUCUCCCUGCUUAUAACCCGAUAGCAGCCAACGCUUUGGCUUACGAAGUUGCAGCAGGACCUGGCAUACCUGGUUUAACAAUGGGCUUAUCUUUGGCUGAACUAUCUGCUUCCAACGGCCCAGGAUUACGCGUUAACAGCGCUUCACCCAUGGCUUCCACUGGUGUUACUGUUGAGACUGACAAAAUGAUAAUCGAAGGACCUUUGGCUGUAACUGGUCAGUUGCCUUUCUUAGGAGUGGUGGCUUUAGAAGGUCCUCUAGCAGCUACAGGAACUGGUGCUGUGGCUUACGAAUGUGGUAAUGGAAAUGUUGGUAUCGUAAGCGAAGGUCUGGAACCUGCACCUGUACUUACUCCGGCGUACCCGAACGGACCGCUUGCCGCAUACCCUAACAUGCCGCUUGCUCAAGCGUACCCGAACAUGCCACUUGCUCAAGCGUAUCCAAACAUGCCACUUGCUCAAGCGUACCCAAACAUGCCACUUGCUCAAGCGUACCCAAACAUGCCACUUGCUCCAGGAUACCCAAAUAUGCAACUUGCUCCAGGAUUCCCUAAUGCAGGGCUUGGUCCGUUUGCCAAUGGUCUCGCCCCAGGUUUAGUUCCAACUCCUCAAGCAUAGAUCCAGUUAUGUUAAUUAGUUCAAAUUGUUAUGUAAUUUUGUAGCACUCUUUUAUGGGAUUUUAAAUAUAAUUUGUUAAAAAUA